AUGCCUUCUCGUAGAGCUCGCAGAAACAACGAACGACCUCAACCCGUUGAUCCUUUAGGCGAGACAGUGUCCCAAGCCGAAUUUCGGGCAACUUUCCAAGCGCUAGCCCAGGCGAUCACUGCCAAUGCCCAAGCCAACACCCAGGCUACUAUUCCACCUUCGCUAGGGAAUAAUUUUGCUGUAGCCUGGGUUCGUGACUUUAUGCGAAUGAAUCCACCUGAGUUCUUUGGGUCGAAAGUAGGUGAAGACCCACAAAUGUAUUUAGAUGAAGCGAGAAAGAUCACUCAGAUUAUGCACGUGACGGAGGAGGAGAGUGUUAAAUUGGCUGCCUAUGGAAGAUGA